AUGUCUGACGUUAGCAGGUACCAUAUCGCAGACCCAAGUGACUACCUUAUCAUCACCGGCGCUGGUAUCGAGGAUGUCAGGGUUGUCAAAAAGGUAUUCGUGUAUCCGUGGCAAAGGGUCACGAGAAUAAAGAUAACGCCGUUUGAUUUUUCUCUGUCGUUGCAAGCAAUGACCAUUGAGAAGCUGCAAUUUUCUCUGCCUGCCGUAUUCACUAUUGGUCCAGACGAUAACCAAGAAUCUCUCCGCAAAUAUGCAAAAAUUUUGUCCGGAGCAGGCAAGAUCUCGUUCCGUAGACGUGCGACGGCCGUGGCGGGUGGCGCCCAUGUCCAAGACACUGUCAAAGGCAUUAUUGAGGGUGAAACCCGGGUCAUCAUCUCUGGCAUGUCCAUGGAGGAGGUAUUUCGGGAACGUCAGGUCUUCAAGCAAAAGGUUAUUGAGAAUGUUCAAAGCGAAUUAAACCAAUUUGGAUUGCGCAUCUACAACGCCAACGUAAAAGAGCUGCAAGAUACGCCUGGAUCCGAAUAUUUUGCUUUUCUCAGCCGCAAGGCGCACGAGGGCGCAUCUAACCAAGCUCGGAUUGACGUGGCGGAGGCCAGCAUGCGCGGCCGCAUCGGCGAGGCAGAAAAGGAAGGCCGAGCCAAGCAGGAGAUUUCCAAGAUUGAUGCCGAGACUGCUGUGCUCGAGACGCAGCGUAAGAGCGAAAAAGCCUCGGCGGAUGCCCAGCUCACAAACAAGCAGACUGAGCUCAACAUGGGCAUCAAUCUGGCCAGGAUCAAAGCACAGCGUCAAGCCGAAGCAACAGAUGCGGAAUUACAGCGCGAAGUCGAGCAAAAGCGCGCGGAAAUGGAGCUAGAACGACUACGUGCGACAGAUGUCACAAAGAGCAAGAUUGAGAAAGAAUCGGCGCAGCAAAAGGCCGAUGCGGAUUAUUACACCCUCGUAAAGAAUUCGGAUAGUUCAAUGUACAAGGAGAAAACAAAGGAAGCCGAAGCGCUCUUCUUCUCAAGACAAAAAGAAGCUCAAGGUCUAUCCGAAAUGGCCAAAGCAUAUAGCCUUCUCAUGCAAUACCUCAUGCUGCAAAACAACGUCUACGAGAAACUCGCUAAUGCCAACGCCGCCGCUAUCCAAGGCUUGCAGCCCAAAAUCACCAUCUGGAAUACCGAUUCUUCUGGCUCUGGCACCGCAUCAAACACGGACUCGGCUGCCGCCAUCCGGAAUCUAUAUCAAUCUCUUCCGCCACUAUUCAGCACUAUUAAUGAGCAGACGGGCCUCGCACCGCCCACUUGGCUCGCGCAGUACCAGCCGUCUCAACAAUAUCAAUAUCAGCAGGGCGCUGAUGACAUCGAUUUGCGUCGUAGUGAUGGUAGUCUUACCGCCAGUUCAAAGAAGCCUGUGGUCAAUGGCGAGUAGGGGUCUCGUGACUGGAUGAACCGUAAGAUACGUAAACGAGGAGAUUUUG